AUGUUGGUCGACACCGGAUCUAGUGUCACGAUUAUAAAUGAAGCAUUCGCAAGCCAGAGUGGUUUGGACAUUUUGAAGGACUGUGCAUGCUAUAUUGAUGUUGCAAAUGAUUCUGUAUAUAUAAAUGAUGAAUGUAUCUCAUUUAUUUCUGAUGCAAGUUCGACUAGCGAAAGUGUGCAAGAUGCAUGUAAUUACAAGAACUUGAAUGGGAUUGAGAUAAGUGAGAGUGUUGAGUCUGGUGAGAAAGAGAUAGAUGAUUUCUAUGUAUCAGGUGAUUUAGGUGAAACGGAACGCAAGUCUAUUACUCAGGUAUUAGAUAAGUAUAGAAAAGUGUUUGCUUUCAGUGAUAAUGAAUUAGGGAAGACAGAUUUAGUUGAACAUUCUAUAGAUACAGGGGACAGUAAACCUAUUCACUUGAGGCCUUAUAGGAUUCCUCACAGUCAGCGGAUGUUACUGGAAUCCCAGAUAGAAACAAUGUGCGCUAAUGGAAUUGUGCGACCGUCUAAGAUUUGA